AUGAGUCUCAUCAACGUUCGCCGUGAUGUCACCGACGUCUUCUACCGCUACAAGAUGGAGCGCAUCCAGACCAAGAUCGAGGGCAAGGGCAACGGUAUCAAGACGGUUGUCACCAACCUCAGCAGCGUCGCCCAGUCGCUCGCCCGCCCGGGAGCCUACUUGAUCAAGUACUUUGGCUUCGAGCUGGGCGCUCAGACCAACAUCGACCCGCCCGACGACCGCUGGAUCAUCAACGGUGCCCACGAGGCCACCAAGCUGCAGGACUAUCUCGACGGCUUCAUCUCCAAGUUUGUCCUCUGCAAGAAGUGCAAGAACCCCGAGACGGUCGUGCAGAUCAAGGACGGCCGCAUCUGGCUGGAUUGCAAGGCUUGCGGUCAGCGCACCGAGGCUGAUCUGCGUCUGAAGCUGAGCGGCUUCAUCCUCAAGAACACGGCUGCCGAGGAUGCCGGACCUAAGGAGGUCGAGUGGAACGUUGACAUGACCGAGGAGGCCAUCCGCGCUCGCCAAAAGGCUCUGCCUGACGAGUUCAAGCAGAAGAUGCUGCUCAACGGUGCCGGUGCCGAGGAUGACGAGGAGGACGGUGAGGGCGGUGGCAAUACCGUCUACGACCAGCUGGCCGACUGGGUCCGCGCCCAGGCCGAGGAGAAGGCCGGUGUCGACAACGUCGUCGACAUCAACAUCUACCUCAAGGCUCGCGAGCUUGGCAUCGAGGCCAAGCACCGCACCGUCCUCGUUCUCGUCCAAGCCCUCUUUGACGAGAACAUCCUGACGCAGAUUCCCAAGCGUGCAGCCAUGCUGAAGAAGAUGAUCACGUCGGAACGCCACGAAAAGGCCCUUUUGGGUGGCACUGAACGCCUCAUCGGCCAGCUGCUCAAGGCUCAUCCCGACAUGGUCGACAAGGUCGUCAAGAUCCUGCAGCUGUACUACCACAACGACCUCAUCUCCGAGGAGGUCGUCACCAAGUGGGGGACAAAGGCCAGCCGCAAAUACACCGACCUGGCCACGUCCAAGAAGGUUCGCAAGGCUGCCGAGCCCUUCCUCACCUGGCUGGCCGAAGCCUCCGAGGAGGAGUCCGAGGAAGAGUCUGAGGAGGAGGCUGAGGAGGAUGAUUAA